GCGCUUUCCAUUUGGGAAUCUCCCUCCGUUUCCUUUCUCUACAAAUCGCUUUUUGUCCGAGCCCCCUCACUCCCUACAUUCGUUUCCUUUUUCAAAUGUAUAAAUUUUAGGCUAGGUUACGGAUUUUUGGAGGCGCUUCUUUGCACCAGAAUUGGUAAAGUUGUGGUGCAUGAAAUCGCUGCUGCUGUAGAAAUUUCCCAUCUUUCCCUCCCCCUUUCCGAAGUUUGUCUUUCAAAUUGCCGGGGCAGCCUUUCUGGUGCAUAGAUGCAGUCUGGUUCUGAACCUGAACCUACAGAGACAUAUAUGAUGCCUGGUGUUGGUCAGAACCCCCAUAUAGCAUUUGUUCCAGCUGGUGGGGUUGAUUAUUUGGGUAAUGAAGUGGCACCAGAAUAUAUUUUUGAUCAGGGUUUAAACUAUCCAGCUGCCAACAAUUAUGGAUAUUAUUGUACAGGAUUUGAGCUGCCUGGUGAAUGGGGUGACCACCAUAGGAUUUUUGCAUUAGAUGGUCAGGAUCUCCAUUACUCGGGUAUGCAAACUGACAGUUUGCCAUCUGUAGAUAAUCCACCUCGCUAUGGAUAUGCACAGACACCUCACAAUCAAGACAAUCCUUACAUGCCUGGAUCUGUCGUAGGAAUUGAUGGCCCAUUUGUGGGAAGCCAGCAGUAUUUCAGCAGUCCAUGCCAGAUUCCUGUUUCUUCACCUGCUUAUGUUCCGGUCCUUGUUCACCCUACUUCAUAUUUUGUGCCUGGUAGGUCUGCAGACCCUUUGUUAUUCAGCACUGGUGCAUCAAUUGCUAGCAGACCUGUUAAUGCCGGCGCAAAAUCUUCACCUCUGCAAGCAUCUAUCAGUGCAGCUGUCUCUUCUCAAACAGCUGCCUCAGGGAGUCUAGCACCAGCAUCUGAGCCUUACCAGCUGUCGCAUUGGAAUCGAACAACAAAGAAACCAUUGGAAGGGCCACAACUUAAUAUACCACAAAGUAAUCAGCCUUUAUGGCAGGACUCCAUGAUGCGCGGUAUUGCCUGUACUACAAAUCAGGGUGGUCCUUCUUCUGGUUUGAUGCAAGGAACAGAUCGCUUCUCACAUGGAGUUGCUCUUGUUACUGGUCCCAUCAAAGUUACUGCAUCUAAUGACUUCACAAAUGCUGGACCCACUGUUCGUGGAUGUGCCUCUGUGGAUACAUAUGGACCAAGGUUCCAUUUUAAUGGGGUUGCAAACUAUGAAAGUGGAAGCCCAAAUGUAUCGGUUGAGCAAAAUAAGGGUCCUAGGAUAAACAGGUCAAAAGGUCAGUGGAUGUCAGCCGGUUCUGAUGGAGCUGAACCAAGUAAAGUAAGUAGCAGUACUGCACAAGGAAACAUCAUGAUUAAUGCUGACCAAUAUAAUAGGAAUGACUUCACAGUUGAUCCUCCCGAUGCCAAGUUUUUUGUCAUAAAAUCUUAUAGUGAAGAUGACGUGCACAAGAGCAUCAAGUAUAAUGUGUGGUCAAGCACUCCUAAUGGAAACAAGAGGUUGGAUGGUGCAUAUGAAGAUGCACAGAGAAUAUCUGUCGGAAAGCCAGGAAAAUGUCCUGUCUUUCUCUUCUUUUCUGUUAAUGCAAGUGGACAGUUUUGUGGUGUUGCUGAGAUGAUUGGACCUGUUGAUUUCAAGAGGGACAUGGAUUUCUGGCAGCAAGAUAAGUGGUCUGGGAGCCUGCCUGUGAGAUGGCACAUCAUAAAGGAUGUGCCAAACACUAGCUUUCGUCACAUUCUUCUAGAGAACAAUGAAAACAAGCCUGUAACUAAUAGCAGAGAUACCCAGGAGGUACCAUAUAACUCAGGCAUGAAUAUGCUAAAUAUAUUUAAUAGUAGCCCUCUAAAGAUGUCGAUACUUGAUGACUUUAUGUUUUAUGAGGAGCAACAGAAGGUGAUGCAUGAGAAAAAACACAGGCAUCUUGGAAGAAGCUUCAGUGGUUCUCCUUAUGUGCCUCUAUUUGUUCCUGCAAGCAAAGCAGCUGGUACGGGUGAGCACUUCCUGAAAGCAGGUGAAAAGCAAUCAGUUACAGAUCAGUCUUCAAAAGUAGUCGAUGAAGACCCUGGCAGCGCAGCUGGUCAGCCUUCAACAGCUAAUGAGAGACAAACUGAUGGUGUAGUUAAUCGUCCUCCAAAUGGAAAACAGCUAGGUAUUGGAAUCGAUCAGCUUCGUCAAGCAGUUGGAAAACAGUCUUCGAAAGCCAAUGGAAGAUGUCUGAGCGAUGCCUCCAAUCAACAUCUGGAGGCAGGCAGAACACAACCAUGCAGUGCUGUUGGUCAGCCUUCAAAAUCUGAUGAAGAACGAUUGAAUACUACUGAUGAUCAACAUGCGAAUGUAGAUGGAAGGCAAUUAAGUGUUGCAGCUGAUCAACCUCCAAAAGCUGAUAGAAGAAAGAAAAGCUGUACAGUUCGUCUGCCUCCCAAGGAAGAUGCGGCAAGGAGAGAAGUUGAUCAGCUUUCACCAGCAGAUGGUUCUACAAAGACCAAGGAUGCUAAGAGUUCAGGUAAGUUAGGUCCUGGUAGCGGAUGGUUAGCAGCAAAGCUGCGUUCCUCCAAAUCAUCUCAUGACAUCACCGGUGCUAAGCCUGAUGAAGCAGGAGAUACAAAGGGUGUGAAUCCUGUAUUGAAGAUUGGGUUCCUCUCUACUGAUCCAAGUAAAGGUGAUUCUAGAAGCUCUAGGGUGGUGGCAGCCGAGGCCACUCUAACCGAUGUCGUCAAAGUUGGUUCAGUGCAAAUCAAGGUGAAGGGUUUUGGUGAAUUGUCGUCCAGGCUUACAAGCGUAGGGACUGUUCCUAUUGAACCUAAAGGACUAAAAGUUAAUAUGCAGGUAUCCAUAGCUGACGGUCAUCCGCCAAACAAAUGAAAUUAAGGAUUGCAGCAGCAGGCUAAUUGUUGUCUGCUUUUAUAUCGUCUCAGUGGGUCAUUUAACAGGGUUGUUAGUCAACUUGCAGAAGCUUGUCUUUCUUUGUUGGUCCUAUUCACCCCACUAAAUCCUAAAACUUUUGUGGAGAUUAUUUGCUGUUUGUUUACUGGUUUGCUAAUUGCCCUGGGUGAUUGGUGUUUCGGGAAAAUGGAAUAGAGUAUUAGGCAAUUGUUUUCAGCCAGAGCUGAAAUUUUAUUUUGGAAGCUUACAGGAUGUGAUAUUUUCUCUUUUUCAGCUAUCACUAGGUGAAUAUUGAUACUAAAUUGCUGAGUUAUUUUUA